AUGGCCAGGUCCAAUGCCGCGCGGGGCAGAAGUCCCCAACCGCCUGUCGACUCCCAGUUCGCCAACUCUCCCACUCUCGCUGUCCCCGGAUCGGUCAAGAAACCCAAGUCCAGGUCAAGGUCCAGGUCGCGCAACAACAAAAAGUCUCCCAAGGCCAAGAAGGGAGACACAUCGUACAAGUCUGACGGUGUCGAGGACAACGAUGUCUUUCUUCUCCCCUUGUCCGACUACUACAUUGCCUUCUUCAUGACCAUCGUCGCCGUCGCCGUCCGUAUCUACAAGAUCUACCAGCCCUCGAGUGUCGUCUUUGACGAGGUCCACUUCGGUGGCUUCGCGACGAAAUACAUCAAAGGUCGUUUCUUCAUGGACGUCCACCCGCCCCUCGCCAAGAUGCUCUUCGCUCUGACCGGUUGGCUCGCUGGCUUCGACGGAAACUUCGACUUCAAGGAAAUUGGCAAGGACUACAUUGAACCCAACGUUCCCUACGUCGCCAUGCGCAUGUUCCCCGCCAUCUGCGGUGCUCUUGUCGCCCCCAUCAUCUACCUCACUCUCAAGACGGUCGGUUGCCGCUCCAUGACCGCUCUCAUGGGUAGCGGGCUUAUCAUCUUUGAGAACGGCCUCCUCACCCAGGCCCGCCUGAUUCUCCUCGAUUCGCCCCUUGUCUUCGCUACCGCCUUCACCGCCCUUGCCUUCAACGCCUUUACUAACCAGCACGAGCUGGGUCCCGAAAAAGCCUUUUCUCUUAGCUGGUGGUUCUGGCUCAUUUCCACGGGCAUCGGUCUCGGUAUCACCGUCAGCAUCAAGUGGGUUGGGUUCCUCACCAUUGCUUGGGUCGGUCUCUUGACCCUCGUCCAGCUUUGGGUCCUCCUCGGCGACAGCAAGAACGUCUCCAUGCGCUGCUGGUUCAAGCACUUCAUGGCUCGCGCCUUUGCCCUCAUCGGCAUCCCUGUCACUAUUUACCUGGGCAUGUUCGCCAUCCACUUCAUGUGCCUCGUCAACCCCGGCGACGGUGAUGGCUUCAUGAGCUCCGAGUUCCAGGCCAGCCUCAACUCCAAGAAGAUGCGCGAUGUCCCCGCCGAUGUCGUCAUGGGCAGCCGAGUCUCGAUCCGCCAUGUCAACACCCAGGGUGGCUACCUUCACUCCCACCCCCUCAUGUACCCUACUGGCAGCAAGCAGCAGCAGAUCACGCUCUACCCCCACAAGGACGAGAACAACAUUUGGAUUCUCGAGAACCAGACCCAGCCUCUCGGAAUUGACGGGGAGCCCAUUGAGGGCAUCGACGCCUGGGACCACCUGCCUGGGCCUGAGUAUGUCAAGGACGGCUCCACCCUUCGCUUGUACCACAUCAACACCCACCGCCGCCUUCACUCGCACGAUCACCGCCCUCCUGUCACCGAGGUUGACUGGCAGAACGAAGUUUCGGCCUACGGUUACGAGGGCUUCCCGGGAGAUGCCAACGACUACUUCCGCGUCGAGAUUGUCGGUCAGAGGUCCAAGGCCGGUGUUGCCAGGGAGCGCGUCCGCACCAUCGAGACCAAGUUCCGCCUCGUCCACGUCAUGAGCGGCUGCGUCCUCUUCUCUCACAAGGUGAAGCUGCCCGACUGGGCCACUGGCCAGCAGGAGGUGACAUGCGCCCGUGGUGGCUCCAUGCCCAACAGCCUGUGGUACGUCGAGUACAACGAGAGCCCUCACCUGGGCGAGGACUCUGAAAAGGUCAACUAUGAGAAGCUCGGCUUCUGGGGCAAGUUCUGGGAGCUCCAGGCCGUCAUGCAGAGGACCAACGCCGGUCUCACCGAGACGCACACCUGGGACUCGCGCCCUCACCAGUGGCCCCUCCUGCGCCGCGGCAUCAACUUCUGGGGCCGCAGCCACACUCAGGUCUACCUCAUGGGCAACCCCGUCAUCUGGUGGUCGUCGUUUGCCGCCAUCGCCACCUGGGUCGUCUUCAAGGCCAUUGCCGUUCUCCGCUGGCAGCGCAACUACAACGACUACUCGAGUGUCACUUUCAAACGCUUCGACUACGAGGUUGGCACCUCGGUCCUUGGAUGGGCCCUCCACUACUUCCCCUUCUUCCUCAUGGAGCGCCAGCUCUUCCUGCAUCACUACUUCCCCGCCCUCUACUUCGGCAUCAUUGCACUCUGCCAGGUCGUUGAUUUCUCCACCGCCAGGAUCCCCGGGAUUGGCGUCCGCGAGCACCCCAUCAUCAACCGUGUCACCACCGUCUCCAUCCUGGCUCUGUCUAUCGCCGCCUUCAUCGUGCUGUCCCCUCUGGCCUACGGCAGCCCCUGGACCAAGGCGGAGUGCAACCGGGUCAAGCUGUUCCCUACCUGGGACUUUGACUGCAAUAAGUUUUACGAAGCUGACGCUGGAUUCCCCCCUCAGUAUGACCAGUACACGUACCUGACGGUUGCCGCUGGCUCCGCCCCUUCGGAUGCCCCUGCUGUCAAGGCGGAAGAGCAGCCCGCUUACUCGCAGAGGCAGCCCGAGGAGCCUCCUGCCGUCUCGGCCAGCCCUCCCGAGCCCCAGGCGGUGGAGGAGAAGGUUGAGUACCGAGACCAGGAUGGUAACCUCCUCAAUGCGGAGCAGGUCCAGGCCCUCCGGGACGCAGGCGAGGUCAGGUUCGAGACCAAGUACGAGGUCAGGACUCGCGUUGUUGACGAGGAUGGAAACGACGUUGACGCGGAGGAGUCGGACUCGGCUGAGACCGUGGCCCCUCCCCACCCUGACAUCGAGAAUGUCGACCAGGAGACUGUCCAGGCCGACGAGCCCGAAUCGAACACUAACGACAUUCUCGCCAGCCGUGACGGCGAGAAGGAGUCCCUCCAGAAGGAGCCCAAACCUGCUUCCGAAGGACAGGAUGCCACCAAGCAUGAUGAGCUAUAA